AUGGAUGCCGUAGCGUACGACAACCACAACCACUCGAGCUUCGGCCGAGCCCAUCGGAUUCCAUAUCACCAUCACCACCAUCCUCAUAUCUCUGCCUCACCCCUUCCUGUGCCUGUGCCUGGGGCCCAUGGCAAUCCCCGGUCCCAGCACCAGGUCGAGGUUGAGGUUGAGGGUGAAGGACGGUCUUUAACGCUCGACACUUUAUCGGCCUAUCCUCAUGUCUCGACAAGCUUCCAGUCUGAAGUCGAUACUGUAUUUUCUAACAAGUAUCAAACUACGUCUACUCAGGCAAGCACCACCAGCAAGCGCGACAUGGACAUAUCAGGCCCACCUCCACCUUCUCAUCCUCUACCGCCAUGGAAAGGUGGCCAUGAUUCUCCUCCACAUCCUCCACUACUACCGCCGCCUCCUUAUCUUCGGCCUCCAGCCAUCCCAUCACAGUCAUUACUGCACGCAUCGAAUCGACCCCCUUUGGAUAUACUCCCGCCUCCACCUCGACCUCCGCCUGGAAAUGUUAUCCUUCACACAAACUUACGGCCACCACCUGGCUACGGUCGUGACACGGCUCCACCUCCACAACGGCCCUCUCAGCAAAUGACACCAGCACCUUCUUUUCGGACGACGAUCAGUUCCGCACCUAAUACUACCGGCGAUGUACCGAUCCAACAUCAGACCCUAAACUUGAGGCCACCCAGAGGAUUUACUGGCUUCGGAUUACCGCACAAUGCACAUCAAUCAGUUGACGAGAGUAGUUUGAGAAACCGCCUAGCUCCGGACGCACCCACUCAGCCUGGAUUUGUUGAUACGACCUCAACAUCACAAUCUUCGAAUUAUACCAUCCCCCGACUAAUUGACGAUGUGGCAUCCUUCUCUGACUCUUUUUCUGACGCGGACUCUCUCGUCCUUAGAGAGUCGCGGCAGUUCCCUCCUUUGUACCCAACUACAUCAAACUUGAAUAUUCAAGGGGGGAAUCGUAAAACGUCGAUGACGAACCGUAUAACUACAUGGAUAUCGGGCUAUGAGCGAGAUCGUGCGCCAAAAGACCGCCCAGAUCUGAGCACCAGCCUCGAUCCUCUGUUUGAAACUGCCAGAGGUGACAGAAGUCAUAUGUCGAGAGAUUCUGCCCCUUCCGAGGAUACUCUGGAGCUGCUCUGGACCAAGCUCAAAGACCAGCGAGUGAAACUCAACGACAUCAAGAGUCAAAUGGCAAAGAAGAGAAAGCGAUUGAGAGAAUUGCGUCGAAAGAGAGACGAUGCGGACAAUGCGUUUAUGAGUGUUGUUCGACCCAUACUAGUGGCUCAAAAUGGGUGGACAGGAACCGCGCCCGGGACUUUGGAACGACACCUGGCAGAUUUACAGCGCUUGAGAACUGAAUAUCAGGCUUUCGAAAACGACUACGAAGACCUUGAGGUCACUCUUGAUGAAGAAGAGGAAACCCUGAACAGACUAGAGAUUCGCUUCUUCAGCAUGCUCGCAGUAGGCCAAACCAUUCCUCUUGAGCAGGCUCCCGAGGAUGAAUCCAAACACGAGGAAGAUCAAAGCAUACCCAAUGAUUUGAUGGGUAUCUCUCCAGAUGGUCCACCCGAGGACCUUCAUCCUCUAUUCCGGGACCUUAUGGAGUCAGUCGGCGACCUCGAGAACGCUAAGGAGGAGCUUGACGAGCUACUAUUUCUUAAAGAGCAGCAUGAGGGUGAACUUAAAAUGAAGACUGCAGCAGGAAUGGAGUUGAACGAUGCCGAGAUCGAGUUCUUCGAAGAAUUCCCAUUGGAAGAGGAACAGAUGCGCAGCAGUGUCGCAGGCCUGGAGCGACAGGUAGCGGAUCUUCGGAACCUUUGUGAGGAGAAAGGAGCAAUGCAGAAACACUUAUCAUCACGGGUUUCUUAUCUUCUCUAUCCCGAGAAAGGCUAUGAAGAUAUAGAGCUCGAUGAUGUCUCCGUGAUUCUACGCAGUCGGUCGGAUCUUGCUCACGGCACAUUUCCUGUACUUCUAAGCCAACCUGAGCACGUCAUGGCCGAAGACUUGCCUCUUACAUCGCGUGGAGCACUCAAAGCAGCAGCAGCGUUGCCGACAAGUGACCCAGCAAAGCCAAACCUGAUGCAACUCGCGUCAAAGGAGUACGCUAUCGAUCGGCUCAUGCUCGAUCAUGGAGAGGGAGGGAAGGGAGACUUUAUCAAUCGUUGGCUGCUGCAGCAGCUACGCUUGUCAUCGGUUAACGCACUACUUCUCCACACAACAUUUACCAAAAGUCGGGCUCUCAAGAUCCGCGACCUUGAUCGUUGGCAAAGCGACGUACUACACUAUUGGUGGAACGAUGAGGUCGCAGAGCUGUCGGACGACAUGGUGCAGCUUGUAACAAGUGAACAUUCAAACGACGGGUCGAUGUUUGGAACGAACUGUAUCUCGAGGGCGGUAACCGACACUCCAGGUAUGCCUGGUGGUAAGCAGAGUUAUCUAACUUGGAGUAGCGUUUCGCACUCCGCUUUGGAAUGA